ACUCACCCGAACGUGAGAAUUCUAUCGUGUCCUACACGACACCAUCGUUUCAUCCUGGAUUUUGCGAUCUACGCGACCACGCUCUACUCCCUCACCGCCCGCGAUUUUGAAGAGCGGGUCUCGAAUCCUGAGACGCGCGAUCUGGAUAAGUGGCCUUACGCGGAACGGGCAUUUGAUACGCUCCGUAGCAAAAUCGCGGUUACACCCAAGCUGAAAUACUUCGACACCGAUAAACAGCCGGUGGUGAUCGUAUACGAGAGUGACUGGGCAGUGUCGGCCGUCCUGACCCAAGACCAUGACGCGGUGUACCUGCCUGUCAACUUCACCAGUCGGGCGUUGAAGCCCAAUGAGUUGAACAACAGCAUCGCUGAGAAAAAAAUCCUGGCGCUGCUACGCGUCCUGAAUGAAUGUCACAACAUGCUUGCGGGAAGGACGAUCCGUGUCCUAACCCGAUACACGACGCUCGGGUGGCUUUUCCGCUCCAAGGGAGAGGAGGAAAUCAGGGGCACAUUGGCCGCGAGCAUCACGCCGAGGGCCUACGUCGACGCUGCGCUAGAAGAGAUCGCACCGCGAAAACGCACGUCUAGGACGGCCCCGAUCCCGGUUCCGAAGAUCGGACCGACCGAAAAUCUGCACGUGAUUAGCUUCGACGGAUCUGCUGGUGUCAAACGCGAGGGAGGGGCAUUCAGCGUCAUGAUGCGGGGCGAGAUGGACUGCAAGUCGCCCGGGCUAAAGCUGCUGAGACAGCAGGCAUGGAACACACUACGAGGAUGGCUCCAGCAUGAAUUACUCCACGUUAGGCGGGACUGGAACGCGAGUGCGGACAUGUUGGCCGGACAGACGCUCCAGCGCCAACAAGACAAGAAUGCCUAUAACGCAGGAGAGUUGGAGUAUUUGAGGACCCCGAACCGGUUGGGAGAAGUGGUGCGCCCGACGACACACGAUGCGGAAUGCGGCGAGCACGACUUCAAGACUGAGGCGCGCGAUCCCGAUAACUGUGACGAUGUGGAUUACAAUUUUGAAAGAUGGAGAGAGAGGCAGUUCCAGAGUGAGGAAAAGCUGGCGGUUGUGUGCUCAAGGAAGGGACCAUAG